CCACCGCAUGAGCUGCCCGCCUUGACUGUCAAACAGCACGAACCACCAUGGCCGCCCCGCCCUCGCUGCCGCCCGUGGAGAGCACCGACAGCUUCAAUCCAGACUUCAAUGCAUCGUCUGCCCUGCACGAUGCCAUCGGCAAUGCCGAAAACGCGCCUGCAUCGCCGGUCGAGACCAUGGCGCCCGCGCCUGUCGCCCAUGCGCAGGAGCCCAGGCAGGACGCCCCAGAUGCGCAGCUGCAGCAGAAGGUGCACGACGUGCUGCACUCAGACAUUGGUGUCAACACGCUGCUGAACCGCCUCAAGGCGAGCAUCGCCAGCGCUCGGGACUUUGCAAGCUUUCUGAAGCGCCGCGGCGCCGUGGAGGAGGAGCACGCGAACAGCCUGAAGAAGCUCAGCCGCUCGACCCUCGACAGCAUUCGCAAGCCUGACGGUCGCCACGAGAGCUACCAGACGCAGUUCGAGCUCGUCAUGCACGCCAACGAGCGCAUCGGCGACAACGGCACGCAAUUUGGUCUCGCGCUCCACGCCAUGCACGAGAACCUGCUGCAGCUGGCUAACAAGAUGGACGCCAGCCGGAAGACGUGGAAGCAACAGGGUCUGGCCGCCGAGGCCAAGGUCCAGGAUGCCGAGAAGCUGGUGGAAAAGGCCAAGGCCAAGUACGACCAGCUGUCGGAAGACCUGGAUCGCGUCAAGACUGGUGACACUGGCGCUGGCAGGAAGUUCGGUCUCAAGGGCCCCAAGUCGGCUGCCCAGCAUGAGGAGGACCUGCACCGCAAGGUUCAGGCUGCCGACCAAGACUACCUGAGCAAAGUUCAGACUGCGCAGUCCUACCGCAAAGAGCUGGUGUCCACCACACGCCCUCAGGCAGUGGCUGCCAUGGUCGAUUUGAUCAAGGAGAUUGACGCGGCUCUAACCAUGGAAAUGCAAAAGUACGCUUCUUUCAACGAGAAGCUCGUUGUGAACAAUGGCCAAGUCGUCAGCCCUCAACCUCUGAAGGGCAGCACGUCUCAACCGUCUCCAAGCAUCAACCAGCUCAUCUACCAGAUCAACAACGAUAGAGACUUCGACGACUACAUCUUGAAGCACGCCUCCAAAGUGCCAUCCGUGCGAACCGACUUGCAAUACAUCAAGCAUCCCACCCAGGCCUCCAAGACAGCUCAGCCUACGCCACCUCCUGCCGCCGGUGGAGACCGCCGGACAUCACUGCAGAGUCAGCCUCCACCUACGUUUGGUCUGGCGCAGAAUGAAGCAGUCUCGUCGCCGGCACAACAUGAGCCCUCGUAUCCUCCCGGGCCUGCUCAACAACCUAGCUAUCAAACUUACAAUCCAGGCUACCAGCAGCCACCCCCGCAGCUACAGCAGCCGCAUUUGCAAUCAAACCCUGCGCCAUACUCCCCCAUUGCGCAAAAUCCUUACGCGCAAGCCGACUAUCCCAGAGGCCCUGCCGGCCAAGUUGCGGCGCAACAAUCGACCGGGGUUCUGCACAGCCCUGCCAGCCCUCCUACGAAUCCAGUGUUCGGAGUCACCCUAGAUAACUUGUUUGCCAGGGAUGGCUCGCCAGUACCUUUGGUCGUAUAUCAGUGCAUACAAGCUGUUGAUUUGUACGGCCUGGAAGUUGAAGGUAUUUAUCGCAUUCCCGGCACUUCGUCUCAUAUUCAGCACAUGAAGUCUCUCUUCGACAGUGAUGCAACUCAAGUCGACUUCCGCAACCCCGAGGCUUUUCAACACGACGUCAAUAGUGUUGCUGGUCUGUUGAAACAGUUCUUCCGCGAGCUUCCCGACCCUCUGUUGACGCGGGACUUUUACACCAAGUUCAUUGAUGCAGCCCGCAUCGACGACGACACGAUGCGGCGGGACUCGAUGCAUGCGCUGAUCAACGCACUCCCGGACCCCAACUACGCCACGCUUCGAGCGAUAAUGCUGCAUCUGCGCCGUGUAGAGCAGUCGUCCGACGUCAAUCGCAUGAGCACUGCCAACCUUGGUAUCUGUUGGGCACCGUCGAUCAUGGGUCCGCACCAAGGGAACAACAUGGCAGACGCUGGACUUCAAGCGCGCGUCAUCAUCACGAUACUGGAGAAUGUUCUGCAGAUAUUUGAUGAAGAUUAAGUCCACCUUGAUCUUGGUCGCUGCUUUUCUCCGGGGUCAUACUUAUAACCUUGGUGCAGGGAGACGUGGGAGCUGGACAGCCCUAGGCUUGGAUCAAGCGGAUCGUCGAAGACAUGGGUCUCCUCGGCACGGAGUGCGAGCGCAGCGUCUCGUAAUCAGCAGAGCCAAUACACUGAAGCGAUUCGGGAUAACAGGUUGAGCUCAUCGCCGCGGCCUCGAUCCCUGACACGGCCACGUUCAAGGUUUUAGCCGUUCGAAUCGCGACCCUGGACGAGAUGAGGAGUUCUGCAAUGGGUCCGAUGGCGCGGUCGAGGCUGUCCGGUGCCUCAUCCGGUUUGUACUCUUGUUGUAUGGCGAAGAACCAUCACAUGUAGGACUCGCGGCUCCUGUAGCUUUAAUGCAGUAGAUUCUACCCUUUUGC